AAUCCGUUGCAUACAGUCGACUGCCUGGUUUAUUGAUUAUUUUCCACCUUUAGCCAUCGAAAUUCCCUCUUCUUUAUUUGGUCCUUCUUCCUCACUCAUGAUCUUGCGAUCUAAAACCAAGCAGUCGGCUAAAAGCGCUAAAAUGACGCGCUCGGAAACGGGUACCCCUGCCACGGGUAGGCUCGGCCAGUCCAAAAAGUUGGACCACGGUGCGGCCGACGCCACCGUACCACCCGCGGCUUCCGACCCGCAAAUCCCCGGGACGUCUCGCGAGUGCCUCCCAACCGGCACCAGCGCCGAACAAGUUAAUGUUCCCCUCAGUUGCAGGUCUCGCGCUUCGGGCUCUACGCGAUCAUCGGCCACGAUCAGGGCACGACGAUUGACCGCGGAGGCCCACUUGGCCCGCAAAAGCAUAGAAAGGGAACAGGAGCUCUUUCAACGCGAGCUCGACAACCAACGGAAACUCCUUGAGCAGGUUAAACAGGUAGAACAGCUUGAACUUGAAGCGAAAAUAGUCGCCUUAGAAGCCGAGGAGCGAUCCAAUCACACGAAAAUACGGCGCGUCUAUAUAACGCACUCCGCGGGCCCGCCCGGGAGGCCGUCGCCUCUUUACUCAACACCGCGGCAGCUUCCGAAGAUAUCAUGGCAGCACUCGAACGUACAUUUGCUUGUCCCGAAAUGAUUGUCUUCGGCGAAGUACAGAUUUUGAAAACGCUGCCUCGGCUCGGGCCUGACCUAAAGGAGAUAGGUAUUUUCGCUAACAAGGUACGCAAUUCUUUAUCUACUAUGA